AUGGGUAGUGAAUUUCUUUUUCUCCUAAUAAAAUACAUUUUUGUGAUUUAUUUUUUAAAUUACUGUAAUAGCAAAAAAAGGAAUAAACAGAAUAAUACACUUUUUUUAAAUACUUGUUAUUCCGAUAAUGGCAAUACUAAAUAUACAAUCCGAAGAAGAAAAUUGUUAUUAAUAGACAAUAAAACAAAUAUAUGUAAUUUUUUAAGUUAUAAAAAUAAAUUGGAUUAUAGAAAGAAAAAUGAGAUUAAGGAUAACCCAGUUUUCAUUAGUUCCAAACUUUACAAAAAUGAGGAAAUGAAAAAGGAUCAAAUAGAAAAUAAAAGUCUAAACGAUUUUGAAAACCAAAAAAUAAACUAUAUAAAAAAAAUUAUUCAUGAAAAAGAAACAAUUUAUGCUUUAAGUUCAGGAACAAAUUUAAGUGCAAUUUCAAUUAUACGGAUUUCAGGUUCUUUGAGCAAAAUAAUUUUAGAAAUAUUAUUACAUAAAGAUGUAGAAAAGAAAGACGAUAAAAUAAAUUCAUAUCCUAUACAAUUAUCAGAAAGAGAUGCUAAAAAAAAAAAAAAAAAAAAGUGGAAUUUAGAACAAAUUAUAAAAUUAAAGAAAAAUAUAGAAAGUAGAAAAUUAUAUUAUUCUAAAAUAUAUGAUAAUUCAAAUGACAUUAUUGAUAAUGUUAUAUAUGCAUAUUUUAAAUCUCCAAAUUCAUACACAGGGGAAGAUGUUGUUGAAAUAUAUUGUCAUGGAAAUCCAUUUAUCGUAAAAGAAAUAAUGAAUGCUAUUGAUUAUAUAAAUAAUAUAAUGUAUGAAAUAAUAAAUGAAGAAAAAGAAAAAAUAAGAAUCAGGAAUAUAACACAUGAUGGUAAUUACAACUAUAAUAAUGAGUAUUGUAACUAUUUCGAUAAAAUAGAGCAAAAUCUUUUUGAUUUGAAUAAUUUUAUAAAGAUUCGAGAAAGUAAAAAAGGUGAAUUUACCCAAAGAGCAUUUGAAAAUAAUAAAAUGAAUCUUCUACAAAUAGAAGGAUUAAAAGAAUUAUUAUUUUGUAAACAAAAAAUUCAAAAAAAAAUUGCUUUAAAUUAUUUAAAUGGAUAUGCUAAAAAUAUUUACCUAAAAUUGAGAAAUAAUAUAAGGAAACUAUUAGUAUAUAUACAAUUAAAAAUCGAUUUUGAAGAUGAACAUAUAACUACAAAAAAAAAAAAAAAAUAUAUUAACAUGUUCAUAAAAAAAAAAGUACGUAAUGCUAUUAAACAUAUAAAAGCAAUUUUAAAAAGAAAGAAUAUUGAAAGUUUAAAUACACCAUCCAAUGUUUUAAUAUUUGGAAAUGUAAAUGCUGGAAAAAGUACAUUUAUGAAUUAUAUUUGUAAUAGUGAUAUAUCUAUUGUUACAAAAAUAAAAGGAACAACUAUAGAUAUUAUACAAAAAAAUGUUAAAAUAUUUAACAACGAUUAUAAUUUGUGCGAUUCUGCUGGGAUUAGUACUUUAGUGAAUAAAAAGUUUGAAACAAAUAAAAACAUUAUAGAAAAAGAUAAGAAAAAAAAAAGUGUUCAUAAAAAAUUAGAAUCAAUUGGAAUAAGGAAAACACUACAAUUUUUAGAAAGCUGCUCAUCUGUUUUGGUUUUGAUAAAUAUAAAUAACUAUUUUAAUGAGCUUAAAAAUAUUAUAUCACUUUUAAAUGUAAAAUUUAUGAAAAAAACAAAAAAAACUCCCUACUUUUUUGUAUGUAUAAAUAAAUGUGACUUAGAACAAAAUCCAAAGAAACUUUUAAAUAUAAAAAACAAUAUAAAGAAAAUGCUUUUAAAAUUAACUUCUCAUAUUUUUAAAAAAUUUAGUAAAAAAAUAUUUUUUAUAUCCUCUAAAAAGGGUUAUAAUAUAAAUAAAUUAUUAUCACAUUUUAAUAAAACUAUGAUAAAAAUACAUAAUAUUCAUAAUUCAAUUAUUACUAUUAAAACAAACAAAAAAAAAAAAAAAAAAAAACACUCUAUUGAAAAUAGCAAUAAAAAUAUAUAUUUCCUUCCAUUUGAAAGACAUAAAAUAUAUUUAAAAGAAUCAUUAACACAUUUAUGUUUUGUUCAAAAAAAUAUUAACAUAAUAGAUUUUGAUAUAAUUGCAGAGGAAAUUAAAUUGGCUGUAAAACCUCUUCAUGAAAUAAUUGGAAAAAUUAGUAACGACCAAAUUUUAGCAAACAUAUUAGAUAAUUUUUGUAUUGGAAAAUAA